AUGUCUCCCAGAGUUCUUGUGCUCCUCUUGGGUGUGUGCAUGCUCCUCCAGUAUAGGGUCGAAGGACCACAGGCCAAGUCAGAGAAGGGAAUCUCUGGCAGUAGUGAUGACUUCUACGGCCCCAAGACACGGAAUAAAAAAAUAACCCCCCCCACUAAGGGAACAAAAACUCCUGUUACUGGCCACAGAGUUUCCAAAGGUACAGAAGCCUCUCAGAUCCUGAACACCAUACUGAACAAUUAUGAUCAUAAACUGCGCCCUGGCAUUGGUGAGAAGCCAACUGUGGUCACUGUUCAGUUCUCAGUCAACAGCCUUGGUCCUCUCUCUACCCUGGACAUGGAAUACACCAUUGACAUCAUCUUCUACCAGACCUGGUAUGAUGAACGCCUCCGCUACAAUGGCACCUUUGAGACCCUUGUUCUAAACAGCAAAGUGGUGAGCCAGUUAUGGAUCCCAGACACCUUUUUUAGGAAUUCCAAGAGGACCCAAGAACACACAAUCACCAUGCCAAACCAGAUGGUUCGCAUCCACAGAGAUGGCAAGGUGUUGUACACAAUUAGGAUGACCAUUGAUGCUGGAUGUACACUCCAUAUGCACAGAUUUCCAAUGGAUUCUCACUCUUGUCCUCUGUCUUUCUCUAGCUUCUCCUAUCCUAUGAAUGAGAUGAUCUACAAGUGGGAAGAUUUCAAGCUAGAAAUCAAUAAUGACAACUCCUGGAAGCUCUUUCAGUUUGAAUUUAAAGGAAUGAGCAACAAGACUGAAACUCUUUCAACCCCAGCUGGGGAUUUCAUGGUCAUGACAUUUAUCUUCAACAUCAGCAGGCAGUUUGGCUAUGUUACCUUUCAAAACUAUGUCCCUUCUUCUGUAACCACAAUGCUCUCCUGGGUUUCCUUUUGGAUCAAGAAAGACUCUGCAGCUGCUAGAACCUCCUUAGGGGUCACCUCUGUGCUUACCAUGACCACAUUGGGCACCUUUUCCCGUAAGAAUUUUCCACCUGUCUCCUAUGUCACAGCCUUGGACUUCUAUCUCGCCAUCUGCUUUGUCUUCUGCUUCUGUGCACUGACCGAGUUUGCUGUGCUCAAUUUCCUGAUGUACAACAAGAUGAAAACUCAGGCUUCUCCGAAUCUCCGCCAUUCUCGUUUCCGUGCACGUGCACAGGCACGUGCACGUGCCCAUGCCCGGAAGCUUCGGAAAGCUCCUGUCUGCACCAUCAUCAACAUGGAGGGAAAUGAUGGAGCGGGGGAGUCCUCUCACCCGGGUAGCUCCCAGCGCUCAAAGCCUAUCUGCUGCAAGUGGCUCAAGGGUUGUAAGAAUUACUUCUGUGUAAUCCCCAAUUGCAAAGGUAGUACUUGGCAGCAGGGCCACGUCUGCAUCCAUAUCUACCGCUUGGACGACUACUCACGUUAUUUUUUCCCACUGGCCUUCUUUUUCUUCAAUGUGUUCUAUUGGCUUGUUUUCCUUUACUUCUAG